AUGCCGCUUGAGGACAAAGACGGUGCCACCAGUGCACAGAGGAUCUUUCCAACUAGGACACAAAGCCAACAAUGCUCCUACGUGCGGAAAAUCACCGAACAUGUCGCAGAACUUUACUCGUUCGACAUGUCUUAUCUCGCGAACAAUUGGAGAGAAAAAUCCAGUAAAAACUUAAACGCGCCGUUCUUCUACAAUAUGGAAGGAAGUACAUAUAAGGACAACGAGAAACCCACAAGCCAGAAAGACGACCAGACUCCGAAACGCACGAUCAGAACCAUGCCAGAGUUCGCAAAAGCACUUCGAGAGGAUAUGGCUCUACAGCGAGAUUCGGUCAACGUCCCAGAAUCUUGGUCAAUGCGGCCGGAGAAUCUUACUGUGGACCUUGUUGGUUACGCUGUUGAACCGCUCAGCAGUCAUGACUCGGCUACCAAUUCGACGCCCAACCAAUCUGAGUCCUGGAGAACUAUAGACCUGCCUACGGUCUCACCUAACGAGACGGAGGUCGAUUGGAAACGAAUCAACACCCGAACUGGACUAUCCCCAACUAUUCACGAUCCCGGCAGACUGGGAGCAAGCUUUGCUGGAGUGCGAUAUAGAAGCACUGGAGUGGAUCAAACUACCCGAUGGUGGCGGAUGUCUUUUCUCUGGUCACUCAAUAACAACCCUGAAGCGUUCGCAAAAGUGAAUCAAGUUCUGGCUGCGAGCCUUGUGAAUGGCAGGGAGUUACUGGGAAUUCAUCUCUUGCUAUGCUUUUUGCACUUACAUCAUCCAAGGAUAGGAGAUCAUGCCAUCGGCCGAGAACAAAUGUCUUCAAAGAAUCUCGCCCGUGAGCAUCAGAAAUUGCAGCGACAAGAAUUUUUACACAUGUCGUCCAGAAGUUCUCAGUCGCCCCGAGCGGCCAGCCCAGCUAGAGGUCCCGAUCGUUUCGGUGCGCAUAUUCCAAAAGCCACACCAUCCCCUCACGUCCAGACAAAGCGGUUCGAAACAACCUACGGCCUCGGAUCUUCGUCUUCGGCUUUCAUCGACGCCGAAGACGUUGUUCAGCAUACACGCAGACUCCUGUCCCUUCAGCUUCUCCCGGGAGACACAGUCUAUUACGAACGGAAGGGUGACGAGCAGCAGAUCUUAAUUUUGGUCCUGCGUCCUCGUCGGAAGAAUCCUGUUUAUCCGCAACAUUAUCAAAGGAAAAGGCAGAUUGGGGAUGGGUAUUUUGUCAAACAGCAUCUCCUAGUAUCCGAGGAUGGGAUUGUGUUGCAUUUACCGAUACAGAUUGUAGGGUGUUGUGAGGAACACGAUCAUCGUCCUUCAGUCGAGCCUGGACAGCAGUUUGAUGAACUGGCUGUUAGAGAAUCCGGUUAUCCCUCGAAACUGACUGCGAGAGAGAAAUUUGGUGGUGUUCUUGCGGACUUCCUUCGAAGAGCUAAACCCAGUGCGCUUCGAUUCCAGAAAUUCGUCGACAGGAUUGAUGAGGGCGAUGAGGAGGCGCUCAAGGAGGCGGAAGAACGGUAUAAUGCGAGGCUUGAGAAAUUGGAGAAGCAAAAGAUCUGGCGUCAGUAUCAGGUCUAUGCUCGUAAGCACUCUGCUGGCGAUCAGUUCCCCGACCUUGAGGAUCUAUUUCCGACUCCAAAGGUCCCGAGACAGCCAGCAAUCGAUCUGAAUAAGCCGCUACCGGCGCUACCGAUUGACCAGGAGAGUCGACAUGAUUCCCGUACAACUUCGCAUCCCAACAAUCUGGUCAGCACAAUGCUGUUCUUCUUAUACAGCUUCCUGGCAUGCCCCGUCUAUGGGCUCUUGACCGGCACUAUCGGCUUCCUCACCGCCUACGCGUUUAUGCCACAACAGCAGCGUCAACACCGAAAUGAAGGCACCAAACACCCAUUACAUCGAUUCACGAUAAUUCUCCUCAUUCAAUCCCUGCAGACCCACGAUCUCGGUAUGGAAGCGUUCUUUCCGGGACGAAGCAAUCAGGGCCUGCUUUUGCUUGCAUUCUCUUGUUCGUGUGUGUGCCGCGAAGCAUUUCUGACCUCCGACCCGUUCAUGGGAGGGAGGGAGGGCUUUGGCAUCACUGGCGCUGCUGCUAAAACAACAAACCAUCAAUACCACUUUCUCGUCAUCUAUUUACUGGAGCCGUAUACCGCAUUUUGA